GGAACCUUAUCGCGUGGUAAAGUAAAGAUGGCAGCGUCCUCAAAGAAGGUGUUCGAGGUGUUCGUGUCUAAAGUUCCCUGGACUGUAGCCUCCAAGGAAAUGAGGGAAUACUUCAGCCAAUUUGGACAAGUUAAGAAAUGCCUGCUGCCCUUUGACAAAGAGACAGGUUUUCACAGAGGCUUCUGCUGGAUUGGCUUCAGUUCAGAAGAUGGACUGAACAAUGCUCUACAGAAAGACCCUCACAUCAUUGAAGGGACCAAGGUCCUGGUGCAGAAGAAUAAACGGACAUUUGUACAGCGGUCAAACAAAGACGAGGACUGAAGAAUGCAUUGAAUACAUAAUUUAGUUUUUUCUCAUUUUCCACUUUUUUUCCAAGUUGUGAUCAUUAUUUAUGCCUUUUGGAUACUAUAAAAACAUAUUGUUCAUAUUUGUGACUUGUUUCAUGUAUUAAUAUUUUUAGUAGCCUUACAAUACUCUUGCUCUUAUUUCUGAUGUGCAUUAUCAGAAAACUUCCUUCAUAUUCCUAAAGUUUAGUUCAGUAUUCAGUAAUGUUGGUCUGCAAUAAAUGGAACGCUCAAUCAUU